AUCGUUUAAAAAGGUACCAAAUUUUCUAGCUCCUUUUAAACAACUACGAGGUAACAUGAGCCACGUUCACAACACCGCUAAAAAAGGAUUUGGUUUGAAUAGCAAUGACUACGACACGCAUAGACCAAGAUAUGCAGAAGAGGCUGUAAAGGAGAUCGUCGAUAAUAUUCCAAAACAAAGUCAACCAUCUACUAUACUAGAAAUUGGUAGCGGUACUGGUAUUUUCACUAGAGCGUUGCUAGGAAGCACAACCAAUGAAAUAAAGAAACUUAUAGCUGCGGAACCAAGCCAGGGCAUGCGUGAGACAUGUAGGGGUAGCUUGACCGAGGAUUUAGUGCAAGGACGCGAUGUAGCCGUUGUAGAGGGUACGUUCGAGUCAAUUGACGCUGAAGACAAUUCCUAUGAUCUCGUUAUUAUCGCUCAAGCAUACCACUGGUGUACUGACUAUCAAAAGUCCCUGAGUGAGAUAGCACGUGUUCUCAAACCUCAAGGGAAGCUCGCACUUACCUGGAACAUGGAGGAUAGAGAUUGUAAAAACUGGGUUGGCAUUGCUAGAGAUAUUUAUGAACGUUACGAUGAAGGUACCCCACAAUAUCGUCUCGGUAAAUGGAAAGCAAUGUUUGACACUGAUGCCUACAAAUCCUUUUUCAGAGGCACGGAUUACAACAAGUACACGCGUCACGUUCCAAUCACCUUGCAAGGAUACCGUGACAGGCAAGCUACUAAGAGUUUUAUCAACGUCCUACCAGCUGAUGAGAAGGAAGCUUUGUUGAAGGAUAUCGUCGACUCUAUCUCUAAGCAACCAGAUGUUGACUGGAUCAACCAGGAUGACGGUUCCCUCUAUAUUCCGUAUCUAACCGAUUUAUAUAUUGUUCAUCUGAAAUAAAUGCAUACACUUGAACAAGAA